UCGUCUCGUGUGUGUCAGACAGCAUCUUCUCUCAGGAUGGCAUCAGCUCAACUGUCUCUGUCCACUGAUCAGUACUCACACUACUGUUCAGUGUGUCUGGAGGGCCUGAAAGUGCCAGUCACCAUCCUGUGUGGACACAGCUACUGUAUGGAAUGCAUUAAUAAGUACUGGGAUCAGUCAGGCUUAAUGGGGACUUACAGGUGUCCUCAGUGCAGAAUGGAAUUUAAUCCAAGGCCAAAGCUUCACAAAAAUACGACUCUCAUAAAUCUGAUAGGACAGUUAAAGGAAAAUGGAGUCAUCAGAGCUUCGCCUCAAGGUAAUGCAGAACCUGCCAGGGUGCUCUGUGACUUUUGCACAGUGCAAAAACGGAGAGCUUCAAAGACCUGCAUGACCUGUAUGGCCUCCUACUGCGAGAAACACCUGCAGCCACACUUGGACUUGGCAGCCUUCAAGAGACACAAACUGGAGGAGCCGACUGAAAACCUGGAAGAAAAGCUCUGCCCAAAGCACCAGAGAGUCCUGGAGAUAUUCUGUAGGACCGAUGAGAUCUGCAUCUGCUCAGUGUGUGCGUUAACCGAACACAAGAAUCACGACACCAAGAUACUUGAUGAAGAGAUAACUGAGAGAAAGAGUCAGCUGGAAAAGACAACACAAGAAGUGAAAAGGAGAGUCCUGGAGAAAAUGAAGAAGGUGUCCGAUCUGAAGGAGACUGCAAAGAGGAUUAAGAUAUCUGCAGAAAAAGAGGAGAAGGAACAUAAGGAGAACCUCAAGUCAAUGCUUCAGUCCAUUGAGAGGCUGAAGUCAGAGGUCGGUGAGGCCAUUAGAGAUCACAAACAGGGCGAACUGAGUAAGGUUGGAGGUGUCAUCGAGCAACUGGAGAAGGAGAUCACAGAGCUCAGGAAGACAGAAUCUGAGCUGGCCAACCUUUCAAAGACCGAUGACCACAUGCAAUUGCUGAAGAUGUUCCAUAAUAUCCUUGUCCCUCCUGGUGAUGGUUGUACACCAGACAUAAUUGUAAAUGAAGAUUUCCUUCCAGAGACUCUGAAGAAGAAACUGUCUGCAGCAAAGAAGAGUUUGGAGGAGAUCAGGGAUUUUGUGAAGAGGAAUAAGACAGGCCCUCAGGUUUCAAAUGAUGCCCUGCAGAACCCAAGUAGGAAUGACUUUGUAAAAUAUGCCCGUUCUCUCACCCUGGACCUCAACACGGCGCACAAACGCCUGCACCUCUCUGAAGAGAAGAAGAAGGUGACAUGUGGGGAGAAAGAGAUGCGAUAUCACGCUCAUGCUGACAGAUUCAAUACCUGGCAGCAAAUCUUGUGCAGGGAAGCCCUGUGGAGGAUCUGCCACUAUUGGGAGGUCGAGUGGAGCGGAGACAAAGCUGAAAUUGGAGUGACAUACAGAGGAAUAGGAAGGAAAGGAGCGGGUAACGAGUGUGUCCUCGGACUGAAUGACAAGUCCUGGAGUUUGAGCUGCUCUGAAGCUGGGGUCUCUGCGUGGCACAAUAACCAGAAGACUGACAUAAGCGUCCCCAUAAGUCACAGAAUAGGAGUGUAUCUGGACUGUCCAGGGAGGUCCCUUUCAUUUUAUAGCAUCUCCGACACCAUGACCCUGCUGCACAAGUUCAAAGCCUCCUUCACCGAGCCGCUCUUUGCGGGGUUUAGGGUUCGAACAAACUGCAGUGUGACAAUCUGCCCUCUAAACCGGUCUGUCCGGAGACUGGCUUCGUCUGCAGGUCACGCCACGUCUUCUGUGUCACAGGCCAUGUUUUAAUUUUCAUUUUAGAAUCAUCAGGACAAUUCCACAGAUCAUCACACUGCAGUUCAUUCCUCACUUCAUUUCUGGUGCCUAACACACACACACACAGAGUCACUGGCCAUCCUGCCAUUCCUCCUGACCAUGUGAUCCUGAGCCACUGUGGUUAGUGGGGGGUGCCAUCCUUCUGUAGCCCAGGUAGAAAUGUGCUUAACUAACUGAUUUAUGUAAAUAAGUUACUGAUAUAAAAAAUAUAAAUGUUUGUGUUUUAAACUGUUCAUUUUAGUAUAGUUGUUCAUUUAUGUGGUUAUGCAGACUUUUAUUUUGAUGUGGUAGGAAAAACGGAAGGGGGUGGAGAACAAGCUGUAGAGGAGAACAGGGAGAAAAAGAGAGAGCGUGACACCGAGGUGGUGGAGCAGGAAGUCUGGGAGCCUAUUUAUCAGCAAGAUAAUAUACCGGAAUACAAACUGCUGAUAUAGAUGGAGAAUUUCGAUUAGACGUUUGCAGUGUCUAUCCGGCGAUGAACCACUCGUUAACUCAGUGAGGGGAAGUAGCAGCGUGAAGAGGCAGCAGCUAACUCAGCUCAACACGCUUCUGGUGGACGUUCGUUUAUUUGAAGACACUUUUGGAUUAGCUCAGCAGCAGUUCCCUGCUCACGGACAGAGGCAGAGGGGUCAGGAGGAUUUGUUGGACUGAUACCACCAUUGCCAAGUAAGGUAUUUGAUGCUCCUGGUGGAGUGAAAGGACCACUAAGUUUUUGGUCGCAACGCUCACAAGCACCGAAUCGGGCCUGCAACGUUUUGUUUCAAUACGAGUGACAAGACUGAAUGUGUUUUUAUUUUAUUAUUAAUGGUGUAAUAUAGUUUAUUAUUAUUCGUUUGGGUAAAAGAAAAUUCCUGAUUAUUUCUAGUGUUAUUAAUUGUGUUUUGUUGGUUUAUAAUUAAAUGGGGAGUUUGUCAUUGUUUUAUAA